UCAAAGAAUGACUAGCCAUCCAAGUAGUGAGGGUUUAAAACGAUAAUGUUGUCCAUCAAAGUAGUGUUUUUAUUAAUUUGUUUAAAGAGUACCUGUUAUGGUGAUUUCACAAUACCAAAAGUUAGUCUGGAAGCCUAUGAACCCGCUGGAUUUCGAGCCUCCAUCCCCGCCGAUAGCGAUACGCAGUUAUUUGCCUUCCACGGUAAAGUAAAUGAACACAUUAGUCGAACUGAGCCUGGAGAUUUUAGUGGAGACGUAAAAAUUAAAAGUGAAGACCGUUUUACGUAUUAUAAUGCUAAUUUGAAGUUAAAAGAAGGGGAUAUUAUCCAUUAUUGGUAUUUCGUCCAGAACAAUUUUCUGGGAUAUAGAAAAGAUGCUCAGAACUGGACCGUUAGAGAACUGCGUCCAGUACCAGGAACAGGCUGUAAAGCUAGUAUAAUGAAACUAAGUGAUCGAACAAGUGUAUGCAAAGAUGCAAUAGUUCUGGAAGACAACUUUGCUACAAGCCUUGAUGAAGCAAAAUGGACCUUAGAACAAUAUAUGCCCGCAGUUCCUGACUAUGAGUUUGUGUUUUACAAAAAAGAUAAGGACGUGACGUUUAUUAAAAACGACCAACUUUGCAUAAAACCAAGACUAAGGGAGGAUACGAAGCAGUUGUUGACGAUGGGAAGCAUAGGCGAUGAACUUGCAGAUGGAUGUACAAAACCUGGGUUAUGUGAAAAUGGCACAUAUUUAAUUAGAAAUCCAGUAAUUUCUGGUAGACUUGAAUCGAAAACAUCAUUUUCUUAUGGAGAUUUUGAAGUUAAAGCUCGAGUACCAUCUGGCGACUGGAUUUUUCCAGAAAUUUAUCUGGAAGACCCACAACGCCGCAGAAUACUAAUAGCCUAUACUAGAGGAAACAAACAUCUCACAGGAGAUGCCGGAGAUGAUCUAGGUAACAGUUUAUUGUUUGGAGGACCAGUCAGACAACAUAAUGAACCAGCUAGGAGCAUCAAUUUAAAAUCCUAUGCACACAAUGCACCACUCAGCGAAUCUAGUCAUACAUACAGACUUCGAUGGACGUCAAAUCUGAUUGAAUUGUUCUUCGAUGGCAAUAGAUAUGGGGAAGUUGGAACAGAACCAGGCUUCACAGGAAGCAAUCCUGGUAAAUUCAAACUUGUUCUUGGCGUUGGAGUAGGAGGAGUGAAUGACUUUCCAGAUGACUACAAAUCUGGAGAAAACGUGAAACCUUGGAGAAAUUUCAAACGUACUCAAGUACGAGAUUUCUUUUCCGCAAGCAGUACCUGGCAUCCAACCUGGGACAAUGAAAGAAAGCAAUUGCAAGUGGACUAUGUAAAAAUAACAGCUGUUUGAAUUAAAUCUUAGGUGUAACAAAUAUUUAACUUAAAGAAAGUUAAUUAGGUUUAGAAUCCCGUUAUUUGAGGAUCAUUCAAAAAUUAUUUAUUUUUUACUACUGCUAAUGCUCGGGUGUCGUUCAAGGUCAACAUUAUUAAUUUUGUAGGGGUUCACAUUUGGAGAAAAUAUAUUUCAUAUGCAUGACAUUCAUCUCUGUGUAGCAUUUAAAAGAGCUUUUGAUUGAUAUGUCCUGUUGUUUUAAAUUAGAAAAAUGUUUGACGAAUAAUUUAAUUGUUUUCUAAAAAUAAUAUGCACAGGUAACAAUAUCAAUUCUGUAAUUUUGCCAGUGGCGGCUCUUGACUUCCACACCAGGGAGAGCGGAAAAAUUUAGGUGCAGUGUUGAAAAAAAAAUCAAAUGUAAUUAAGUAGUUUUAAGUACCAUUAAAAUAUACCGAAACUGUGCUCAAUAUUAUUUUUUAAAGUGUGCGUGUGUUUAAAGUGUCCAUUAAAGUCCAUUCUUUCUUCUUUUGUCCGAAAUAAACUUUUCAAUUUUUCAUUAA